GUUUGGAAAUUUCUUGCUUGCAAAGAAGAGGAACUGUGGAAGCGAUGGCAGAUUUGAAGUCCCCAGUGAGCUACAAUCCAUCCUACCAUGCUUUUUCCUAUUGUCUCAUGUACCACCAAACAGGGCCUGAGCAAAAUCAUCCCAACAUCUCAGGCUGGGCAGAGGCCGUUCCCAACUCUGGGGUCAGCGGCGGCUACCACCAGCAAGCGCCGCAUCAAUCCCCACACAGGAAUCCCGAACAGAACAUUGGUAAUGGCAAUUCCCACCACCCAGGUCCUGUUAUGUAUCUCGGCGACCUUCAGAACCAUACUCCGAGUGGAUGCCUUUUCAUUCCCCACAACAGGACUCCGUUUGAUCAACCGCCGAAGGAGAUCGAGCAGCCAGAUUCUUGGACUUCGGAGAAAAUCUAUCCUCAAACCAACCCUGCCACCUGGGUGAAAAGGGGGUUGGAAGAGGAGAUGGAAAGUGGAAGGCCAAAUGGUAGUGAGCUUGUCUCCAGCUCCUAUCCAGAGAACACAAGCGUACAAAUUCUGGGGAGUGAGUACAACGCCCCACCGUCUUUGCCCUUGCCUCUCCCGGAGAAAGCGGACAAGGACAUCCCCAAACAAAAAGCUCGGACUGCUUUUUCAACCCGCCAGAUGGAUGCCCUGACCCAUCGGUUUAACAUGCAGAGGUACCUAUCCCCUGCUGAGAUGAAGGCCCUGGCUGGACUGACGGGGCUAACUUACAAACAGGUAAAAACUUGGUUACAGAAUCGCAGGAUGAAACUGAAAAGGCACCAGAAAGACAACGGCGGGUAUCCAAACCCUGGCUACCCUAACAUGCCACCACGCCCUCAGUUUCAGGGAAAAGCCCAAACACAGAUUCUGGAUCAUCACUCCAACACUCAACAGUUCCAAGAGGCCAUGUUCAUGAAGAGCCCCCAGCAGAACCUGCCUUACUACACCGGUGGAUACCCUCAGCCAUCCCCUGCGAGGCCCCUGGGCAACUGGCCCCUGCCACCAGCCAUGCCCCACUAAUGGCUUCUACAGCACAGCAAGGGGCUACAACAUGGACAGUGUAAAACACGACUCCAGCAUCAGGUGACGACAGGAGCCCUACUCAUACCAACAGCUCCAUACAACCCUGUUUCACAAUGCUAGCCAAUAAUACACAGGGGAAUGUCUCAGUGGUAAAUCGACUGUUAUUUUUUCUAAAUGUGUGGUUGUUUGGAAGGAUUCUUAUAAUUGAGGUUGAGAUUCAGACACAGGUUAUUCUCAAAUAAUGCGGUGUUGGCUAAUUAUAUAAAUCCAUCUUAGUAAUUUGCAGGUCUGUUUGGACUUUUAUCCCUUAUUCAUAUG